ACAAAGUGCGAAGCCGACGGAAAAGUGCAAGCGGUGUCCGCUCGUAUCAAACUGUAUUAAAAUAACAUUUUGUGUGACGUUAUUUUACAAUUAAUAUUGUUACAGCCAGUUUUUUUUAUCAACUAUAACUCGUUAUCCCUGAACAACACCUCAUAGAAAAAAAAGGUUCCAGUAUGGCCGCCGUUAGCUGUAUUGUUUGCAAUAACACGCUUGAGAAGCGACCCGAUAGUAUGUUGUUCCCGUUCCCGGAAGCGGAUUCAGAACUAUAUCAAAUCUAUCUAGCGUUAUGCGGUCUAGACGAAACUGUCUUCUCAACGGAAAGUCAGUUACAUAUUUGUUCGCUACACUUUGCCUCCGAUUGUUUUCGGAUUUUACCUGGUGGCAAAGGAUCGACCUUGAAAGAAGGUUCGGUGCCCAGCCUAAACCUGUCACGUAUUGAAAUCGAAGCCCUUAACGAGGACUUCGAGAUGCUGGACGAAUAUGCACCCAUUCACCGUUCUGCAAUGGAAGUCGAAGAGCCAGCAUCAUUGAGUUCGGAACCGAUGGUGGUGGUCCCUAAACAGGAGCCUAUGGAUCCUGAAGAAAUAGAAUUCAACGAAACGGAAGUCAAAACAGAAGCUCCGGAUGUGGAUGAGGGCUUACCGGAUCCGUUCGACAAUAUUGAGUCUGAACAAACUCCAGAAGAUGGAAAAUAUUGUCUUCUCUGUGGAGACACGGAAGAAAAAAAUCCAGACUGCCGGUUGUAUCUGUUUCCGCGUAGAAUUCCAAAAAUUUACCGCAAAUGGAUGUUGGCUGCUGGGUUGGAUGAGGAAGAAUACAAAUCCCAUGAAAUCUACAGCUGCCAGAAACAUUUCCCGGAAAAUGGAUUUUUCGCUGAUGGAAAAUUCGUUCAGAGCUGGGCCACACCGAAGCUGAAUAUCGACCCUACAAGAAAACUGACCAGACCAAAUAGAUCAGGAAAUCAACCGGAGUUUCUAUAUAUUGAUCCACCGGCAACGGCCGGACCUUCAACUUCGACACACACGGGGCCACAAAUAGUGAUCAAGACGAAUCCACAGAACAGAAAGAAUGCUGAAGCGCUUAACAUAGAUCCGGAUAGCUAUGCAAAAACCUUCGCAAAGGUGGUCAGCGAACUGGUACCAAGAACAAUAAACUUUAAUGGGGAAGUUCGUCCAGUAACCGGCACCAUUGUUUUCCAAUCAAAUCUUUUUUAAAUUAACGGAUUCACCUGACUAUAUGUAUUACGUCAAUGUUCUCUAUAAUAAACGUAUUCAACAAGAAUUGAAA